AUGCAGGGCUCCAUAGCUGGAUCUUCGCUCUGGAACUUAAUUAUUGACCCUCUAAUGAAAAUGAUACAUGCUGAGCAGGUCAAGGCCCAAGGAGCUAAUAGGAUAUUGGACAUUGUGCAUGCGUGGGGCAAGGACAAGCCUAGGUUUGCGCCUCACAAAACCAAUGCGAUGUUGGUGACAUGCAAACGUAAGUUUUACAACCCGCGCCCGAAUAGGGUAUCACGGGUACCCGCUUUCCUACUAGCGACGGCUGACAUGAAUGUUUCGCCUCCCCAACGAAGGUCGUUCAUCAUCAUGGGGCCUUUAGACACGAUUUGGGAUGUGGUACCCAGUCUCCAGCUUCAGAUUGCAUCUGUCGUCGGACAGUCAACAUGUAUAUGA